GAAACCCCUCUCUUCGUGUAGUUUUGGCCUAUUUCAAGACAAAUCAAUUAUUUUAUUUUUUCAUUUGAAUUUUUAAAAGUCUAAUAAAUUAAAGAAGAAAUUCAAAGGAAUAUUCAAAAUCCGAUACUUUCAAAAUAAUGAAUACAAAAUUUAAUCUCAUUCAUAUUUUUCAUAUGAUUGUGCAUAUUUGAUUAACAUUGCUCUGAGUGAUAAUGAUAUUUGCCUUCGUUUCCAAUGCAUCACACACCAGCGCGGUAGCCGAUACCAGUCGAAGUCUGGGGCCAUAACACCACUGUCUACAGUGCCAUUAACCCGCAAUACGUGUGAGUGCAUUACUAUUAGAUCAGGAUUUCACCUUAUAUUUUAAACGGUGUGGCGUCAAACAAGUGCAAACCUAGAUUAUCAAAGUAUAUUGCGAUUUGGAUCUCCUGUUUAAUUCAGUUGUCCGUAGACUUCUGAAUUGCACUUUCUAAAUGAGGCUAGAAUCCAUGCACUGAAAUCAUGGAAGGUCAGGAUGGAGGUAGAAGCACUCCUUUGAACCAACCGCACUCAAGUUCAUCGGUACCUGUGGCAGACCUUGAGAUAAGAUCUAAUGCUGGACCUGUGGUAAAGAGAAAGAAAGUAAUACAGAUGAAUGAUAAGCAAUGCCUUAGCCACUCUAUGACUUCAGAAGGGGCAAUGCCACUUACCAAUCCUAAACCACAAGGAUUGUCAAAGUCACGGAAUUGGGAUGCCAACAGGGGACUUUAUCCAAGACAAAAAAAUUCCAGAAAUCAUUGGAGCCCGAAGAAAGGAAGCAAUGCUCGUCCGGGACAUCCUGCUUUAUUGGGAUCACCAAUGAAGCAAGGGAAAAUUGAUUCAUAUUUCCCAACAUCACCUAAGAAGACACCUAACCGUAAUCUGCCAAGCAACAGGGAUUAUGCACAAACCAAUCCAAACCAUGCAUGUCCUCAGUCUUUUGGUAACAAGCAAAAUGAAUCCUCAGCUGGUACAAGUAGCUGGAAAAGUCCAGGAAAGUGUACUCAUGCGACUUUAACUCUGCCUGCCAGUGGAAAUCACAAAGCCUACCCUCCAGGAAUCUCUCUUCCAAAGUCUUAUGUAAGUAUGGGGAAGGCUUCUGCAAAUACCUCCAGUAGCCCAAUUCAGUAUACCACAUCCACUCCUGUGACCAAUGUAGGAAACUGUAGUACAUUUCCUGCUUCAACUAGUUCAAAAAUUUGUCAUUCUUCAGUGAAAUCUCUGUUUCAAGCAAAAGGUACAUCAAGACAUUCUACAAAUAUUGUUAAAGCAUUUGAGGAAGAUGACUUUAUAACAGCUGAAAUGUUUGAUAAUGCUGUGGGAAGCAUUGAGCAAGACCAGUCAUCCCAAGGUUUAAUGUCGUCGGUCAAGACUGAAGCAAAUUACCCAGAGACUGCAGACUUUGAGAAGGCACUGGAUGAGGAAGAUCUGCUGACAACAGAGGAGUUUGAUGAUAUUCUGCAAUCCUCACAAAGUCCUGUCAAAUUUGGACCCCUGAAAUCCUCACCGAGAGAGACUACAUUUGGUCUCCUUGGAGAAGAAGACCAGUCAUUUUCUGAUGAUGUAGAAGAUGACGUGGAUCAUUUUAAUCGUCUUCCUGAUGAGCUUCUGGAGAACAUCUUUGGCCAGUUACCCAUUCUGGAUAUGUGCCUUACAGCAUCUAGUGUUUGUAAGAGAUGGAACAGCAUCAUAUCAAGUGAAAGGUUUACUCCAUGGAAAAAGAGGUACCACCAGAUGAAGAAAAUUCAGAAUUCUGGAUACAUCCAGCAAAUUGAAAUCCUGAUCUCAAAUGGAAGGGGGAUAGCAAGUACAGCUUGUUUGAUGCAACUUAUAGAGUAUAUGAAGAAUUUACGUGUAUCAGAUAAGUCUGCUGUAGAUUAUCUGAAGGACCACCCAAGGUACAAUGAAGCAGUACUAGUUAUGAAAGGAAGGACACCAAACAUCUUUGAAAAUCAAGUCCCUCACCCUUGGUGUACCGUUGCAACUAUUGUGAUAUUAUCACAGUCGGCUCAAGAAGUGUUGCGUAUCCUAGACUGUCUUCUACUGAGGAAGGAACCAGUUUCAAGAAUGGAUGUAUCGGAGUGUUUGUACUGCCUUGCAUCAGCUCUAUUUCUCUACCAGAAGAGAUUCAAGAUAAACAGAGGACUUCACUAUAGGGUAUUUCAUGCCUUACAUAUCCUGGAGUGCGAUGGGGCUGGUAAUGAUGAAGAGAUGACAAACACUGCCAGAAGAAGCAAUAGAGGACAACAGUCACUCUUCAGAUAUGGUCAGAGGCAAGGUAUGAGCCUGACUCCAGAGCAGCUGCGGAUCAUCAAUCAUAAUCUUCUCCCUACAGAUACAAUCAAAAUCAACGCCUUUGCAGGUACAGGGAAGACAACAACUCUCAUCAAAUUUGCUCAGUUGAGACCACAUCUCAGCUUCCUCUACAUCGCCUUCAACAAAACAGUGCAGCAACAAGCAGCGGAGAAGUUUCCAAAGAACGUUGAAUGCAGGACCCUUCAUUCUCUUGCAUAUAGGGCAGUAGGCUUCAAGUACAAAGGUAAGAUGGGUACCAUGCUGAAGCCAUACUUUAUCACAACACUCUUGCCGAAGGUUGAUAAAAAAGGGGUAAAGAUACAUCACAUGACCCUUGCCAAGUAUGUCUGUACAACCAUCAAUCACUUCUUGGCUUCAGACAAUGCGUUCAUCACCACUGCUCAUGCUCCAACGAUGGACACGACACAUGUACCUAGGCGGGCAUUGGAUCACAGCACCAAAAUGGUUAUUGCAAAUGCUGCAGAAAGAGUGUUCCAGUCUCUGUGUGAUGUGAACAACAAAGAUGCUAAAAUAACACACGAUGUUUACAUGAAGUUGUAUGAGCUCCAGCAUCCAACACUUGAAGGCUAUGACUGUCUGCUUAUUGAUGAAGCUCAAGAUCUCACACUAGCUCAGCAGAGUAUCUUGCUUAAGCAGCGGUGUGCUAAGAUCUUGGUUGGUGAUCCGCAUCAGCAGAUCUAUAGCUUCAGAGGUGCUACCAAUGCUAUGGCUAGAGUGCAAGCCACUAGGAUGUACCAUCUCACACAGUCCUUCAGGUUUGGGCCUGAGAUUGCUUAUGUUGCCAGCUGUCUUUUAGAAGUACUCAAACAUGAAACUAAGAGCACAAUCAUUGGUACAGGACCUAAAGGUCAAGUAGAUGGAGGUUGUGUAGGUCAGCUUGCUACCAUAUGCCGCAGCAAUGCCACUCUUUUUACGGAGGCAGUCAAGUUGGUCGACAAUAAUGAGAAUGUCAAGAUCCAGUUCUCUGGUGGCAUAGAAGGCUAUGGCUUUGACAAGAUCUUGGACUUGUACUACUUGAGUCUACCACCAGAGCAAAGAGGAAAUUACACGAUGAAGGAUAAAUUCAUCUCUCGAUUCAAGACUUUUGAAGCAAUCAAGGCCUACGCUAAUACAGUUGAUGACAUGGAACUGCAAUCGCGCAUCAAACUUGUCAUGCAGUAUCAUUCCAGAAUACCAAGUUUGGUCCAGAAAAUUAAACAAGCAGCAGUCAAAAUGAAUGGAGCAUACCUCCUUACAACUGCCCAUAAAGCUAAAGGAUUGGAGUAUGACACUGUGAAACUCACAGAUGACUUCUUGAAUGAUCCUUAUGAACAGAUACCUGUUGGCACUCAGAGUCUAGAAGAUGAGAAGAACAUUCUAUAUGUAGCUGUUACUAGAGCCAAGAAAAGUCUUCAACUCAACAGAUCCUUGAAAGACUACCUCAGCAAAGUUCAGGAAAAGUUUGAAUACCCAGUUCUUGCUACAAAGGUGAAAGGAGAAAGUGGACCCCCAAAAUGCCAAGAAUGUGGAACAGUCCAGAAUGAUGAACAACCGCUUCUUCUCUUAGAAAGAAAACAAAUAAAGCUGACACAUUCCAUUCGGCCAAUGACAAUUGAUGGUGGGUUUGUAUGUCCCAAAUGUGUAGAGGCACCAGGCUUUGAAGAGCUUUAUGGGAAACCCCCACCAACUGAAGAGGAACUUCUUGCUAUGGAGAGGGCCGAGAUUGCCCAACAGCAUGCUGUUGGACUGUUCAUAUUGUUUAAUCCUUGAAGCUGCAGAACUGUUGAGGCCUUUGCUUAGAGAAUAACGCCCAAUUCCCGUCAGGGAGAUGGUUCAUAAAUAGUGGAAAUGGAUUGAUUCUGUGUACUAUUCCAAAGUGACAAUUCACCCCACAUAUCUCUAGUAAGCAAGGUGAUCAACAGAACAUUGCUAUGUAUGCAGCUUAGGAUAUGAUCAUUUGGCCCGGUGACAGUGCCCUUUACUGUUCCAUUUUGUAGAAGCUAAAAUUGGAAUUGUUAUAUUUAGUUGGAGCUGCUGAACUUCUACUCUGAGACAUUAUACAAGCAAGCUGAAAUAUUCUAAUUUCUCUGGAUUUUUAAACUGUUACGUAUGGGAUGUUGCAGAAAGCAAAAUCAUGUUAACUUCUCAAUUACGUGUAUAUGCAUCCUGUUGAUGGCGAUCAGAAAUGAAAUGUAUCAUGGUGCUUUUGACCUUGAUAAUGGACUUUAUGCUAUAUAAACAAAUUCAUGUGAUUGUGUGUGAUGAAUGUAAUAUCUACUGCCUUUGUUCUAUCUGUCCACAACAACUAGAUACAGCCAAUUAUGCUUUAUCAUAAUUUGUAUGAAAGAUAUUGUAUAUUUAUAUUGUUAUUGUCUUUGCCAAAAAGCAUUUGUCUUUGUACUUUAAACAAGGUUUGCAGAAAAUGAAUCUUUUAGUGGUUUAAUUUAUCUUUCAUAUGAAAUAUUAAACUUUUAUGUGAUGUAACCCAAUCAUGAACAUCAAACUUUUGUUUAUAUCAUCAGUGAAGUAGAACAACUAUCCAUUUGUAUUAAUUUCAUAUAAGGUAAUGCCAAUUUAGUAUUAUAACUUACAAUGUAGAAGAAAGAUGGCAUUUUUCCUUUGAGAUAUCACACCAAAGUGUGUGAAGUGUUUGGUCUAGUCUACCUAUAUUUUAAAUUUCAUUGCUGAAACAAUAGCAGUUUUAUACCUUUGUAGUAGUAUCAGUGGGUGCUUAGAGGUUGGCAAAAAGGCAUUCCCUAUAACUUGCCAUUCUUUGGCCAUAUUUUAUUUUCAAAAUCAGGUAUAAAAGCUCACUUGUGCCUUGCAAUGAACCUACAUCUUUUUGUGCAUCAGGCCUGACUUCAAGGCGGCAUUGAGUUACAAUGGAAUUUGUAUACAACUGGGGAACAUUUUAUGGAAGUUGCCAUUGUGAAGAAGUUGUUCUCCACUCACAUUUUCUGUAAUUCAUCAAGAAGCACUGAUCAUGUAUUGUUGAUUUUAAAGUGAACAAAUUACUAUACUAAUGACUUUCAGAAAAUGGUGCCCAGCAAUAUAGCAUCUUGUGUCACUAGACCCCAUUAGGUUGUUUCACAAUAUUGUUCAUCAAGUUAAUCUUACAAUUAUAACACAUUAGAAUAAGUGCCAAAAUGUGAGCCAAGGUUUCCCGACAUGUGACUUUAUUUCCAUCAUUUAAAUAACAAAAAAUUAGAUGUGUUUUAGUUUUUAGCAAAACUUGUCAUCUACAUACACAUACAUGUACUACAACUAAAGUUGAUGUGAUGGCGAUUUGAAACACACAUGUACAUAAUGGGAUAUAUAAAGAAAUACAAAAUA